AUGACUACGUCUAAAGAUAAUGAUAGUCAUUCAUCAUCACAAUCAUUGACAAAUGCUACGACAAAUGCACAAAAUCUUUUAAACCCACCAACAACGACUACAAAUCGGGAUUCUAAACGUGGUCGACCAACAUGCCAACCAAAAGGGACAAUACCUUAUACAGUAGGCAACCAUGAUACAAUAGAAAAGAUUGCUCUUCACUUUAACUUAACGCCGUCCGAAUUACUUCAGCUCAAUAAAUUGAAUACACGUAUUGUCUUUCCUGGUCAAAUACUCUAUGUACCUGAAGCAUCUGCUUCAAACAUAAAUGAUGAACAACAAAAAUCUACUGCUCUACCAAUAAAAUCACCAUCAUCAUUGUUAAAAGAACCUAAAGAUGAAGAUGCAUUUAUUGUUCAUACAAACCGUCGUUCAUCAAGUGAAUCUUCUCCUCCGGUUACACAACAAGAUGUUGGUCAAAUGGUUUGGUCAAUGACUCGACAAAUAACACCAAAACCUGGCCGUGCUCAGCGAUUAAAAAGUGAAGCAAGUACAGAAAGUGAAUCAUCAACACGAACUAUUGAAGAUCGUAUAAAAACUCAAAAAGAAGAUAAUACUAAACAAGUUAAACACCUACAAAAAUCUUUGUCUAUAGAAGAAAAUCAAGAAUUAGAUGAGGAAUGUUUACAACGUUUUAUUAAACUUAAUGUUAGACUUAUGACUGACGAUCAUAAAAGUGUUGCUGGUACAUUACUUGUUACACCAAAUGCAGUCAUGUUUGAUCCCGAUGUUCUCGAUCCAUUGGUUAAAGAAAAUGGUAUUGAUAAAUAUGGUUUAAUAAUUCGCAUGGAUUUACUUGCUGGUAUUGCUUUAUAUGAAGAUAUCGCGAUGUAUGAACAUGCAGCAACGCUACGAGAUGAGGAAAAACGAAAAAUGUGUCAUUCAACAAGUAUAAAAAAUCUUGAUCAAUCUACAACAAUUUUUUCUAAUAACGAUGAACAAGAAGUACAUGAAACAAUGUCAUCAUUAUUAGAUCAAAUUGAUAAAGAAUUAAAUUCAUCAACUGAUUCAAGUUUUGUGUUAUUUAAUGCCUCAUCACAUGUUCGUCGCAGUAUAUCAGCCGAUAAUCAAAUUUUUCAUUAUGAAGAUUUAUUUCAUUCAUUUGAUGAUUCAAAACAUUCCAUUGGAGUUUUAAUUGACGAUAAAGAUUUAUCAUCACAAUUAUUACAAAAACAACAUGACAUUUAUGUAACACCGCAUCCAAUAGAAAUUCCGUAUUAUUUAUGUAUGAAAACAAGUACACUUGCCAAUGAUAUUGGAUCUGUACAAGAAAGACUCAAUAAGAAACGUGUUGAUUAUAUUUAUGGAAAAAAAGAACUUGAACAUGAAUAUUGGUUUUCUGUACCAAAAGAAAGAAUUGAUCAUCUCUAUGCAUUUUUUCUUCGCUGGAGCCCUGAACGUUCAGCAGAUUCCUUAUCAGAUGAUAAUCAUCCCGAUAAUAAUAAUACUUCAUUUAAUCAAACUAAUCGUCGUUCAUCUAAUACUCAAUUAAAAAAUAAUGAAAUCUCAUCUGUUCAAGGUUUUGUUUUGUUAGCCAAUGAUGAUCCUGAAUUAACAGAUGACUAUUUAUAUGCUAAUAAUAAAAAUAAUACUACUAGUUCAAAAAAUGCAACAUCAAUUGAUAGUGGUACACAACAAAAAAAACAACAUUAUUUAAAACGACAAAAUACUUUACUUAAAGAAUGGGAGGUAAUGAAUAAAAAAAAACUGAUUUAUUUUCGAGGUAGUUUAGAAUAUAAUGAAUUACGAUGCAUUGAAAUAAAGGAUAAAAGAUUUUCUUUUCAAAUCAACAAAUGCCGUUAG